CCGUCUCGCGGGAUCUCGCGAGGAAGGGUGGGUCAAGAGCAGUCAUGGAGGCGGAGGAGGCGGAUGUGGAUGUGGAAGGAGAUGCGGUGGCGGCGGCGGCACAGUCCGGAAAUGAUGAAAAUACAACAUUAGUUUUUCAAGAUCACUAUCUUGAUUCAACGUGGAGAAGAGAGAAUGGCUGUCUUCCUUGGACUCUGGAUAGUACCAUCAGUGACGAGAACAGAGCUGUCAUUGAGAAAAUGCUGUUGGAAGAAGAGUAUUAUUUGUCUAAUAAAUCACUUCCUGGAAAAUUCUGGGUUAAUCAAAAGGAAGAUGAUAAAAAAUACACCAACAGGGUACAUUCUCCUACAAAACCAUCCAGUUAUUCAGUAAAGUGGACAAUAGAAGAGAAGGAACUGUUUGAGCAAGGACUGGCUAAAUUUGGCAGAAGGUGGACCAAAAUCGCAACACUAGUUCAAAGUCGCACAGUUUUACAAGUGAAGAGUUAUGCCAGACAGUACUUUAAAAAUAAGGUUAAGUGGGGUGUGAAGAAAGAAACCCCAACUCAGAAGAGCGGCAGUGGUCUUCAAGUGAAAAAUAAAGAUGAAAGGACAAAGGAAUGGUCAGCAUCAUGUUUAAGGGGGCGUGCUGAUCCUAACUGGAAUGCUGUAAAAAUUGAAAAGUUAUCUGAUGAUGAAGAUGUAGACAUCACAGAUGAACAAGAUGAGUUGACUUCUCAAACACCACAAAAGAAUUCUGGCAGCCAUCUUACUUACGACAUUCCUAAUAGUAAAAGGUAUAAAACCAACCAAGGAGAAUUCAUAUGCCUAGAAGGUUCACUAGAUAAAUCUUCAGGGGAAUAUCUUCAGAGUGAGAAGCAAAGGGAAGCAGAAGCAUGUUCAAGCUCAGAAAUUAUAUCAUGUGCUGAAAAACAAAACAAUAAUGACAAAAACUCAAUUGAAUUAAAUGAGAAAUGCAAUAAACUGGUUGAAGCAUCUGAUACUCAAGGUGGAAAAGGAAUAACAGAUGAGGCCAAGCACACACCUUCUCCAGAGUCCUGGGAGAGUCAGAAGGAUUCAAGUGGAAAUGAAAUGCUUUUUUCUCCUUGCCCAAUGGAGGAAAACCAUGAGGGAGAAGAGCUUAAGCCACCAGAACAAGAAGUGGAAAUAGAUAGAAAUGUCAUUCAAGAAGAAGAAAAGCAAGCAAUUCCUGAGUUUUUUGAGGGGCGUCAAACUAAAACUCCAGAACGCUAUUUGAAAAUUAGGAACUACAUUUUGGAUCAGUGGGAAAUAUGCAAACCGAAAUACUUAAAUAAGACCUCAGUACGUCCUGGCCUGAAGAACUGUGGGGAUGUUAAUUGUAUUGGACGGAUUCAUACAUACCUCGAGUUGAUAGGAGCAAUCAAUUUUGGAUGUGAGCAGGCAGUAUAUAACAGGCCACAACCAGUGGAUAAAGUACGAGUGAGUGACAGAAAAGAUGCAGAAGCAGCAGAAGCAGCAUAUCAGCUUGCCCGGCGCCUGCAGUCUAUGCGUACAAGGAGACGGAGGGUCAGAGACCCAUGGGGAAACUGGUGUGAUGCAAAAGACUUAGAAGGGCAAACAUUUGAGCAUCUGUCUGCGGAGGAGUUGGCAAAAAGAAGAGAAGAGGAGGAAAAGUCCAAACCAGUUAAAUCUUCAAAAGCUUCAAAACUACCCAAAAGCUCACUUGAUCCCUUCCAGCUGAUACCUUGUAAUUUUUUCAGUGAAGAAAAACAGGAGCCAUUUCAGGUGAAAGUAGCCUCAGAAGUACUUUUAAUAAUGGAUUUGCAUGCUCACGUGUCAAUGGCAGAAGUGAUUGGGCUGUUAGGAGGAAGAUACUCAGAGGCUGAUAAGAUCCUUGAAGUCUGUGCAGCGGAACCAUGUAACAGUCUCAGCACAGGACUACAGUGUGAGAUGGAUCCUGUGUCACAAACACAGGCCUCAGAAACCUUGGCUCUUAGAGGCUACAGUGUUAUUGGCUGGUACCAUUCUCACCCCGCGUUUGAUCCUAAUCCAUCUUUACGAGAUAUUGACACACAAGCCAAAUACCAGAGUUACUUCUCCAGAGGAGGAGCAAAGUUCAUUGGAAUGAUUGUUAGUCCAUAUAAUCGAAGUAAUCCUUUACCAUAUUCCCAGAUUACCUGCUUGGUUAUAAGUGAAGAAGUUAGUCCUGAUGGUACCUAUCGUUUACCUUACAAAUUUGAAGUACAACAGAUGUUAGAAGAACCUCAAUGGGAAUUAGUGUUUGAAAAGACAAGAUGGAUAAUUGAAAAAUACAGGCUUUCUCAUAGCAGUGUCCCCAUGGAUAGAAUCUUUCACCGGGAUUCUGACCUAACCUGUUUGCAAAAACUUUUGGAGUGUCUAAGGAAAACACUAAGCAAAGUAGCCAAUUGCUUCAUCGCUGAGGAAUUCUUGACUCAGAUAGAAAAUCUGUUCCUUUCCAAUUACAAAAGCAAGGAAGAAAAUGGACUGGCUGAAGAGAGCAGCACAAAGGAGCUGUUCAUGUGAUUAUUUAAAGGUCUACUUGCUUUGGCAGCUGCAGAUGGCUUUUCUGCUGACCUUGCUUGGCCUCCUGCGGAUAUUUAGAGCCAAGGCCUUAAAGAAGCACAGAUGAGUCUGGAACCCAAGGGGCAUGUAACACAGAAGUUCAUGAAAAACUAAAGAAAAGCCCAUCCUAACAGUGUUUGCAGAAGUGGAGGACCGGAGACACCUGAGUCUCUUCAGCCUACGUUCUGUUUUUAUUGGUGCACACAACUGUAAAAUAAUGAGUUUAAAUUUGUUCUUAAUCUGACUUUGCUAAGGAAAAUUAAUGAUCAUUCUUCUCCUAUAUUAGACUUAGUGUUCUUCAGAAAUAAUUCUCAAGAAACAAAAUCAGUGAAACAAGACCCUGGCCCUCAUUUAGCCUUGAACCAUUCUUUUCCAGUCCUUUUAAUUGGCCUGGAGCUCUCAUUCCUGUAAUUGGUUUGACCAUGUACUCAAAGCUCAUGAGGUUUUUAGGCCCUAAGCACUUUUGCCCAUGCAGACCCCUUCCAUACAGAAUUCAGAAUUACAUUUUAUAAUUGUGUUUGUAUGAAAUAACAGUAUUCGUAUUUUGGAGAAGUAAAAUAUUCCUUUAAUUUAAAACUCAGGUUGUUUUUCCUAAUAAAAUUAAGUAAAACAUUUGUUACAUGCGCUUCAGAAUACUGAGAGUCUGAUACCUUGUGCCUAAUGGGUGGUUUGCCCUGCCUGUGUUCUAAGGGUGUUGUCAGAAAAUGCAGUCAGUAUUCUCUAUCCCCUUGCUCCUUGGUUAUUUAUUGCCACUCCACCGAGAGCACUGCAGUUGGCAGCGUCAGUAGGCCUGUACAUUUGAAUUUCAUUCUUUCCCACCCUAGCCAGAACUUGGUACUGCUUAACCCCCAUUAUCCGAGGGGUGUUGGGGUUGGAGACAGUAGUUAGAAGUCAGUUGGUAAGCAUUUUUGUUCUGCUUCCUACUUUUACAUCUUGUGCUAUGCCUCACACGGUGAAGGAGCUUUCUUCCUUUUUCCCUCGAACCCCAUUAUUCGUCACAAGCUCACAAGAUUUAAGAUCUUAAUACCGUCCACUGAAAGUGUUUGAGAGAGCCAUUCUGAUUUCCCUGCAAUUGUUUAGUACUGGCCCAGGCUUCUCCACAGAAUGUUCCUUUUCUCUGGUUUGGCUAAGUGAGGUCUGUGACAUGCAGACUAUAAGCACGUUUAGCCUCUUCAGUUCUCAGUUCAAGAACAUGGCAUCCAGGGCAGGCUCUUUGACCUCCCCACCCCACCCCCCAGGGGAGGAGCAGUCCUGUUAGGCCACAGAGGAGGACUUUGCAGCCAGCCCUGAAGAUACCUGGUAAAACAGGGUCAAAUGAAAGGGGAGGAGGUCCUUCCCUAUCAGUGGACGUGGAAAGGGGCAGGGAAGAGACCAGGGAGGGAGUGUGGGGUUGGGGAGGGAAUGAGGGGGCGGGAUACAGCUGGGACACAGAGUUAACAAAUGUAACUAAAAAGAAAAAUUAAAUUAAAAAUAAAUAAAUAUUCAAUUAUGAUCAAACUGCAAAAAAAAAGAAAAAGAAAAGAACAUGGCAUCCUUAGCCUUCCAGCCCAAGCUGUCCUACUGCUCUUUAGUUUACCUUUUCCCCAUGUAUAUUUCUGGGUCCUGACAGAAUGAGCUGGAGAAGCUGAUAGAAUCAGUAUGCCCAAGAGUGAUGCUCUGCUCCAUGCCAGACAAAGAUACCUUUGACACCUCCUUGUACACACACUUGUACAUCAUCAGUGGAUAUCCCGUGUGGGUGUCUCAUCAAUAACAGAGUUGCCAUCCAAAUUUUCCUUUUUCUACUUUCACCUCUACCACCAAGAUGCUUAAUCUGUUAUCAAAUAGAAUAGCAUGAAGGAAAGUACCAUCAUAGAAGCACAAAGAAAAGCACACACAUGUUGAUGAACAUGUACUCUGUCAGCAUUAACAAAUUUGAUCUGGAUCUCUAGUUUCCAUUUCCUAAUAGUACUUUUAUGACUAUAUUUUGUGAUAUGCCCAGAAAAAUCAGUUAGGAGAAUAAUGUAAUAUAUGUAAUCAUUUUCUGACCUUUUCUGAAAAGGUUUUAUGUGUGCUUUUGUUGCCUGUAAUUUUGCUUUCUGGUAUCUCCUCCGCCUUACUCAUCAUUGCCUUAUUGCCCCCACUAAAUCAGGAGAAAAUAAAAGCAUCCAAGAGGAACUGAAAGGGUUCUAAAUGAAACUAAGUGUUAAAGCUGAAACUAGUUCACAGCACCUGGGUAGCUUUUAUUUUCAUCUUUUGGUGUCUCUGUCACACACGUGUGUGAAUUCCAGGGAAAAUGCUUGGUUUGUUGUCUCUGAUGUUUCUUAGUAGCUUUUCAGAAAUUUGUUAGAUAUGUUAUCACAGUUCAUAUUCCGUUUUCAUAUCAUAACAUGGCGACUUGUGUGAUGGUGCAUACCUUUAAUCCCAGAAUUCAGAAGCAAAGAUAGAUGGAUUUCUAGAGUUCAAGGCCAGCCUGGUCUACAUAUUCCUAGGAAUAGGAAGACCCUAUCUUUAAAACAAAACAAAACAGUUUUCUGCUUUAGCAUAUGAGUUCUAAUUAAGUUGUAUGAGUUGUAAUUAAGUAUUGGUAUGAUUUAUGUAGAUGAGUAAUUUACAUUGCCUUUAAAUGAGUAGAUUGGAGUUGACUUGCACAGUUAUGUUUUAUAUAAGAUACUGCAUGACAGUUUAUGAACUUGUUUUACAAUAUUAGCAGUUUUGUGAAUUUUUUCACUACUUUGCAUUUUACACUGUUCUUUAACAAUAUAAUGAUUUAAAACUAUUUUGUACAUUUAAAUGUUAAAUGAUAUGUUGUAUAUAUUUACAUUAAAGAAUAUUGUAAAUAUCAGUGUUUGUAAGAUUAUAAAAGAUUUCCCCCAAAAUAUAAACUCACCUUUCCAUACUUACUUGUGACAUACCUGAUUUAAGCUUUGACUUAUUAUCUUACAAUGAAAGCAAAGGAAAAACAUGCUGCCAAGUCAAUGUAAACAAAAAUUUGGCAAUAAAACGGGUGGUUUUGA